GUGAUAUUGAGGUCAUUUUUUUAACUGAUUUAUUUUAUUUUUAAAUGUAUGUGAAUUUUAUAUUUAUUUUUCAGCACAGUUAAUCAAAUAUUAUGGGGAAGUAGACAUUCAGAAUGGAGAAAAUUAGCUAAAAAGGCAAGAAGAAAGCGUCUUAGACAGCAGAGAGCUCAGAUAAGAGACCAAAAUGAGCUGGAAGAGAUCCAAAGACUACAACAGUCAUCCUCUUAUCAGAAGUUGUUGGCUGAUAAAAGAAUUUAUGAAGAACGACAAGCGCUCGAAGAGGCCCGGCUCCGGGAACAAAAGGAACGAGAGUGGUUAAAAGUUGAAGAAGAAGCUCAGAAACAAUUUCAGGAACUGCAGAAAAAAUUGGCACUAGCCAGGGAAGAGAGAGCUAAACAAAAUGAAGCAAUAAAGUUGGAAUGGGAAGAGGAACAAAAGAGGAGAGUAGAACAAAAGAGAAGGCAAGAAGAAGAGUUGCAGAAGCAAAUUGAUGAACAACAGAGAUUGAAUGCUUUAGUAGAGGACUUCUUAGAAGAAGGUGGGGAUACUCCAAAACAUCUGAAGACUACCUCAGAAACAAACCCAAAUAAACAGCCUUGUCCAUUCUUUCAAAAAACAUCAACAUGUAGAUUUUUUGAUGUUUGUUCUAGAAAUCAUGUUCGUCCUGGUAUUAGUAAAAUUCUUCUGAUUCCCAACUUUUUUUCACAUUACAGCCUGGAGAAGACUGAGAGUGACCGCUUUACUGACUCCAGUUUGGAAUUUGAAAGCCAUGAAACAAAUGCAUGCUAUAGGGAAUUCUUUCAUGAUGUUGUUCCUGAAUUAGAAAAAUAUGGAAAGAUUCAACUUUUUAUCACAUGCUGCAACCAUGAGGCACAUCUAAGAGGUAAUGUUUUUGUUGAAUUUUGCAUCUACAAGAAGUGCUUUGAAAUGUUAUAGAGCUCUGAAUGGUAGAUGGUAUGGAGGAAAGCAGUUAAGUGUGCAAUUUGCAAAUAUACCCAGUUGGAAAUCUGCUGUUUGUGGUGUCCAUUUUAUAAACAGUUGCCCUAAAGGUUCUAACUGCAAUUUCAUCCAUGCCUUUCGCAAUCCAGGACAUACUUAUGGGGCUUUGAAAAGAAUCAAAACAGAACAAAGGACAAACCAAAGAAGUCAUUCUGAAGCCAGAAACUGGAGAUGGUCAGAAUCACCUGAGCACGAACCAAAGAAAAGUGACUGGGAUACAGAUUCCUAUACUAGUUCUAGUCGAAAAGAUAGACAGUCAACCAGAAAUGGAUUUAGAAAGAGACGAAGAUCAAGAUCACGUUCAAAAGACAAAGACAGACGGCAUAGUUCCAGUAGACGUAGAAAACGGGAUUCUUCAAGUAGAUCUAGCAGUAGAUCAUCAAAAUACAGAAGUUGAAAGGUGUAGAUAUAUAAGAAUUUUAUAGAUUUAUGAAUAAAUAUAUAUUUAA